UUCGAAUAUAAUACAGUAUCAAAAUGUUAUACAGAUGGCCAACAUGUACCCAUGCGUAUAUUAUCUACUACUAUUUUCUGAUGGCUGUAGUUUUGGACUAGUUUUAGCGAGUCACAACCAUCCAAAAUCUUAUUCUGUAACGCAGUUAAAGAAGUGAUAUUCGAAAUAAAGGAUUAAGUUAUAGAGUAGCCAUGCUUCUGCUACAGGACUACUUCCUCUUCCUGACUGUGUCUGUCUUUAUGACUGGUUCUCGCGAAGGAACAAAGAUCAGUAGAAUGGACGAUUGCUAUACUGAAGAAUUAUCUGUUAUAUGUGAACACAGUCUACCAUAUGUUCUUCCUGAUAAUAUGUCAAGAGUGAUUGUUAAAGACUUUUCGCAUGCCAUGAUAAAGAAUGAAACAUUUACAGAUAUUACAUGGAUGUCAGUAGAUCUUUUGGAUAUAACAGUAAAUCAUCAUGUAAAUUUACGUCUUUAUGAGUACAACUUUUAUCCUCUCACCACUCUAAAGACAGUCGGAAUACAUUCCCCUGUUUUAACGUUUAAAGAGCGGAAUCAGAGUAAUAUUCUGUAUGGAUUGACAAAGCUACGGACAUUAAAUCUAUCGUCAUGUAAUUAUCUCAGUGCGAGAGAACUUUUGACAAUGCUUGAGACACAUAACCGCUUAGACGCAUUAAUUCUUGACCAGAGUGCCACUUCCGGUACUCGUAAUUUCAUUAUAGAUAAUGCGUUAAGUAAACUGAUUAGUAAAAUGGAAGUACGGAAGUUAAGUUUAAGUGGAUGUAACUUACUAUUCAAUGGUCCGUUCCAGAUAGAACAUCUUUCGUAUUAUUUACAUGAUUUAGAUAUUUCGAAUACUACGUUUGUAGUCAGCAGUGGUUAUUCAGAGUUGAAGGUACUAUUGGAAGAUAUGCUGUACCAUGUGAAAAUUUUGGAUGCAUGCUUUUAUUCAAUCUAGAUUCUUAAAACUAGAUUAUAGUUUCAUAUCUAACAAAACAGUUAAUCUAAAAUGUAAUGAAACUACCAAUCACUACAUACGCAGACUGCUUUACAAAGUUGAAAAUUUGAAACUAAAUGGAAUACUUUCUAGAAGCCUGGAGAUAACAAAUUCUUUUGUCAACUUAACAGCGUGUAAUUUUAAUUUAGAAUCAUUACAGUUAAGAUCUAAUAAGUUACAUAUUUUCAAUUCAACUUUACAGUGGCCAAGCAAAAUGCACUUAAAUAAACUUGAUUUAUCUUUAAACGAUCUGGAAUACUUAUCCCCUUUUGCCUUUGGAUCAAUCUUUUCGUUAAAAAGAUUCGAAAUUGCCCACAAUAAACUGUAUCUGAUGGCCUCCUUUGCAGAAUUUCGGUAUCUGUUCUUUACUUUCAAACAUUUAUUACACCUGGAUCUUUCACAUAAUCAAUUAAGCUGGUUACCUUCUACAAUAUUUUCUAAUAAUAUCAACUUGACAGAAAUAAAUUUAUCCCAUAAUAAGAUAGCUUCAAUAAGUUUUGAAAUACGACAUUUAAUCAACUUACGUUUUCUUAACAUGGAAAACAAUAAGAUACACUAUAUUGAUGGUCCCGACUUGCGCAAUCUCGUUUCUCUGACAGAAAAUAUGCCAAAACCUGUCGAAAUAAGUCUUUCUCAUAAUCCAUUGCUUUGCAAUUGCCAGUCGGAACCGUUUAUUACAUGGUUAUCUUUAUAUUUCGAAACAAACAAAAUACGAAAAUAUACAUGUACCUUAGAUGGCAAUGAUAUUGUAGUUGAUGAUAAAGCAGUUGACGAAUCAAGGUUUCUGUGCAUUCGUUCAAGAGUAGUGGCAGUUUCAGUGUCAACGGGUAUAGCAUUUUUCUGCAUCAUCUCUCUUGCUAUUACGUUCAUCGUAUACAGGAAACGAAAACGAGAAACAAUACGAAAAAAGGCAAAUUUUCUACAAGAUUUUAAAAACGGAUUACUGGAACAGAAGUUUUUAUGCUUUUUAUCGUUUUCCAGUGAAGACGAAAGACAAGACAUCGAUCUAAUUUAUGAAAACCUAAAAGAAUCGUUGAAAGCGUUGACGGGAAUAGAACAAGAAGUAGUAUGUUUUGGUGAUAAACAUAUUAAUCCAGGAUUUCCAAUCGUUGACGAAAUAUUAAGAUGUGUAUCAAAGAGCUGUGUUGCAAUUUUUGUGGUUUCAAACAGUUUCUGUGAAAGCUACUGGUGUCAGAUGGAAGUUCGUGAAGCCUACGAACUUAUGAAACCAAUUAUUCUGAUAUGCAAAGAGGAUAUUGACUUAACAAUAAUGCCUCCUUUGAUGUUGAAAAUAUUUAGACUGUUUACACGAGCAAAAAUCGUUACUAAUGAAAAUGGUCAAAUGGAACUGGUACCAGACUUCGCUCAUUUUUUCCAGUUAUAUUCUUAAACUUGCAGCCUUGUGGUACGAAGAAGGUAUUAACUAGUUCGGAUCCAUUCUUCAUAAAAAACAGCAUGCUUUUAAAUAAAAGAAUUAACUAGUUUGAUUGUUAAACGUAUGACGUGACAAUGCAAUGAAUGUAUUAAUUUGCUUCAUACGUGACGGUUCGAGGAAUGAAUUAUCUUAUUCCAUUCUGAUACAUGCAUUUUGUUUUGUAUAAAGUAUGGAUCGAUUAGUUCUGUUUUUAAGUAUGCAGAACGGUGGUAAGGAGAGGAGGUUGAUAAAUACCUAAUACUAUACAUGUAAUUAUAGGUGCGAAACCGUCAAAAUAUAUCUCUUUUCUUUUUCUUGAAUAGUUUAUCUCAUGUCAUUUUAUUUAAAUUAUUGUUGCAAUAUUUUUAUAUAUAAAAUACUAAUUACAUGUAUUUAUGGUGGUAAAUAUUUUUAUAUUAGGACCCUAUAACUGAAAAUAUAUUUCAAUCUGUUUCGUUGCA